GGUGGCGAUGUCAGCGUGGAGGUCAAUGCUGCCCCUGGACAAGACUUGACAAAGAUCCUGAAUGACCUGAGAGAUGAAUAUGAGCAGAUCAUUGAGAAGAACCGCAGGGAGGUGGAGCAGUGGUAUGAGGUCAAGAUCCAAGAAGUCAACCAGCAGGUCACUUCCAGCAGCCAGGACAUCCAGACCAGCAGCCACCAGCUGAGCGAGCUGAGGCGCGAGAUGCAGAACCUGGAGAUCGAACUGCAGGCACAGCUCAGCACAAAAAGCUCUCUGGAAAACUCCCUGGCAGAAACCGAAUCUCGCUACGGAUUCUUGAUGCAACAAAUCCAGGUGCAGGUCAACUCCGUGGAGGAGGAGCUGGCCAGCAUCCGCUGUGAGAUGGAGGGGCAGAGCCAGGAGUACAAGAUGCUCCUGGGGAUAAAAACCCGUCUGGAGCAGGAGAUCCAGCAGUACCGGGCACUGCUGAAUGAGGGGCAGCAGGAUCUUGUUGCCUCCCAAGGAGCUUUCCAAGGAGGUGGAAAAUCCUCCCAGUCAUAUUCUGCUUCCUUCUCUCAUUCCCAGUGUGGAGAAAUUUCAGGGCAGUCAAGAGUGUGCUAGAGCAGCAGGAGAGACCCUGGCACUGCCCAGCUGCGACGAGAGACGCCCACGAGUUUCUGCAGCACGGCCGAGAGAAGGGUUUGGAAGAGCCUGGUCACCUGCCCCAGCACCCCCUCCUCCUGCCUGCAAUGCUUGGCUUACUCAACUUGUCUUUGGCAACUCAUUCUUUGUCAAAGAGCUUACACUCUGCUGGUAACUCUGCUUUAAUAAAUCUUUAUGUCUGCAAUUCAAAUCACAACAUG